CUAAGUAACAAACACAGGCUUAGGCCCGCCGCCCGGGGAACUGUGGACGGCAUGCAAUAUCAAACUUGAGAAAUUGUAGUGUUUGGGCGUUGGGUGGGGGCUUAGGGCUGGAGGAUUAGAUCUCAGCUUCGGCUGACCGCCUCAUCCCCAGCCAAGCCAAAAGAUAAAAUGAAUUUUUUUUUAAAAAAAAAAUGGAAAAAAGGUAAAUAAAAGAAAAAAAAUAAAAAGAAAAGAAACAAGAAGAAAAAGGAAAUGAAAUGCGACCCUGACCCUGCAUAGGCCUCGGUAUUUCUUGCUGCGAAAGGGAAAGGGUCUUCGCUUUGUGAUGCUUGUUAGGGGUUUGGGAUUUGGAUAGAGACCGAUCUUCGUCUUCUUCCUGCGACAGGAAUCUGGGUGUGGCGGGAGGUUCGGUUUACGCUUUUGGCCAGCAGGAUCUGGGAAGCUGGAGGAUCCAUUCGUAGGGUUAGAUCUAUUUUAUUCGGAUCUUAAUCGCGGAGUUGCUUAUCGAAUCAUCACCCACUCUUAUUCAGCUCAUGUUCUUGUAAAGGGGAUCGUGUUUUUGCCAAGUGUAUAUACAUAUAUAUAUUUAUAUUGUAUUUUUUCCCUCUUCCUCUGUGGAGGCGUGGGGGGAUAAGGAAGGUAUGCAUACGGGUGGGAGUCUCUCCAAGAAUACUAUUGCUACCACAAAUUCUUCUUCUGGCACGAGACCGAUGCCUCAGCAGUCUCUUCGCCGCUUGGGCUUGUGUUCUCAAAUAGCAACUGGGCAGCAUUCCUCUCCAGUUGUCUUCCCUGAAAAACGGGGCCGAGCAAAGAGCUUGAAGCGGAGUAAUGGCAAUGUCUCCGCCAAUGAUCCUGACAAGGUAAAGAGGGAGGAACAUAGAAUUGAGAUUGGAGAUGAGCAGUCUGAUUUGUUAGGUAAUGAAGUGUUCUCUGGAAAGUUGGUCUUGGAUAAGGGAAAGACAAGUAAGAGCACUGAUUUACAAAAUGCAGUAGAGAAUACCAACCAACAAGCUGUUGAUGCUAAACUUACGAGAAAGGCAUUGAUUUGGGGUUCCAAUAUGCUGCAUCUGGAUGAUGUGAUAUCGGUAUCAUACAAUGUAGGUCUCAGGCAUUUUACGGUGCAUUCAUACCCCAUAAAGAAGGGUUCAUGUGGCCUUUCUUGUUUUAUGAAAACUCGAAGGAGCCGGAAAGACUUUCGAUUCCUGUCUUCUACCCCUGAAGAAGCUCUUCAGUGGGUUAGUGGGUUUGCUGAUCAGCAAUGUUUUGUCAAUUGUUUGCCCCAUCCUUUGGUUUCUUCAAAAAAGCAGGCAUCAGAUUUAGUUGCAAGUGAAACUCCUCCUGAAUUACGUCUGAAAUGUAAGAGUCCCCCAAAAAUGCUUGUAAUAUUAAAUCCAAGAUCUGGUCGGGGACGUUCAAGUAAAGUUUUCCAUGGGAUGGUGGAACCAAUAUUUAAGCUUGCAGGAUUUAAGAUGGAGGUAGUGAAAACAGCUUCUGCUGGUCAUGCUAGAAACCUUGCAUAUAGUGCUGACUUCAGUACAUGCCCUGAUGGAAUUAUAUGUGUUGGAGGUGACGGAAUUGUUAAUGAGGUCCUGAAUGGGUUACUUAGUAGAGACAAUCAGAAAGAAGCAAUCUCUAUUCCAAUUGGAAUUAUACCAGCUGGUUCAGAUAAUUCACUAGUUUGGACUGUUCUGGGAGUUAGAGAUCCAAUCUCAGCUGCAAUUUCUAUUGUGAAGGGUGGUCUUACAGCUACUGACGUUUUUGCCGUCGAGUGGAUUCAGACCGGUGCCAUUCACUUUGGGAUGACCGUUUCAUACUAUGGUUUUGUUAGUGAUGUAUUGGAACUUUCUGAGAAAUAUCAGAAACGCUUUGGUCCCCUGCGUUACUUUGUUGCUGGCUUCCUGAAGUUCUUAUGUUUGCCAAAGUACAGUUUUGAAGUGGAAUAUCUUCCAGCAUCAAAAGAGGCAUGUGAGCAAGACAGAAAAUUAGCAGCUGACCGGGAAAUAGUGGACAUUUCAGACCUGUAUACAGAUAUUAUGAAGAGAUCAAACACUGAUGGCAUUCCCAGAGCCUCCAGUCUAUCAAGUAUUGAUUCCAUAAUGUCCCCUAAUCGAAUGUCUGGAGGAGACUUGGAUACGACCUGCAGUAGCACUCAUGCUAGCGCUGAGCCGUCCGAGUAUGUGCGUGGUCUAGAUCCAAAAUCAAAACGCAUGUCGUCUGGGAGAAGCAAUGUAAUGGCCGAGCCAGAAGUUAUUCAUCCUCAGCUCCCAUUGUCAACAACUCCAAGCUGUCCAAGGACCAGGUCAAAGUCUAGGACAGAUAAAGGAUGGACUGGAAUGACUGCCUCAAAUGAUCCUUCCAGAUGUUCUUGGGGCAAUGCAACAACAAAUGAUAAAGAAGAUAUUUCAUCAACAAUGUCUGAUCCAGGUCCUAUUUGGGAUGCUGAGCCAAAAUGGGACAUGGAACCUAACUGGGAUGCAGAUAAUCCUAUUGAAUUGCCAGGGCCAUCGGAUGAUGUUGAAACAGGAACGAGAAAGGAAGCUGUGCCUCGGCAUGAAUACAAAUGGAUGGUUACCAAAGGACUAUUUCUUGGUGUCCUGGUCUGCAACCAUGCAUGCAAAACUGUUCAGAGUUUGAGUUCUCAGGUGGUAGCACCGAAAGCUGAGCAUGAUGACAAUGCCUUGGAUUUGUUGUUAGUUCGUGGAAGUGGACGACUAAAGCUAUUGAGGUUUUUCUUGCUUUUACAAUUGGGUCGACAUCUUUCUCUGCCGUAUGUUGAAUAUGUUAAGGUGUGCUGGCAAUUCUCUUCUUUUUUCCAUUUGGGGAAUUUAGGUAAAAUCGGUGAAGAUUACACCUGGAAAGCGCACUCACAGUGGUUGUGGCAUUGACGGCGAGCUUCUUCCAGUCAACGGACAAGUCAUCUCUUCAUUGCUUCCAGAACAGUGCAGGCUUAUCGGGCGCUCCCCAAACCAGCACAUAUAACAGUGGCUUGGCUCAGUAUUUUAGCUCUUCAUAAGGUUCCAUGGGUACAUUUAUGUCUGUUUUCGCUUGUGAGUUCGGUUGUAGAAUCUGAACGUCGGUCAUGCCAAACCUUUGUACCUUCUGUUUUAUUUUCUGUUUAGCCCUUUCCCACCAGUGCACCAUUUGCAAGUCCAAGGUCUGUAAAUUUUUUGUUCCGUCAUCCCCCUUAAUGGGUGCUUCCUCAUUUGUUUAUUUCUUCACCUUCUUCUCCCAUUAUGUACACUUGUUCGCCAGCAGCUGCAAUCUGCUCUGCUGGAAAAUCAAUUUCUUGUAAUCAUCUUGGAAAUGCACCUGAGAAUUGAGAUUUUAGUGAA